AACCAGCUCAGUAUUGCUCCACUUUACAGAUAGCCGGUGGAUGUAUUUGAAAGGGCAGCGGUCGCUUUCCAUGGUGCUGAAUGGCUGUUAAAAUGCAGUGUUCCUUUGAAAGUAUUUCAUAAUUCCUACAAGCAGCCCGCGAAAUGUUGUCCAUCAGCACUCAAAACUUCGCUUUUCUUCUCGCUCACCGCACACGCUCGAAAGGUGGAGUUUGUUAGUGCGUUGCCUAAGAACCCCGGCUGCCUGUGGCUAUUGGAAAAGGCUGCUGAAAUCCCAGUCUCAUCAUUGGCAAUGCAAAAGCAGGAGGGACCGGAACAAGGACAAGAGCGCAAGUCACCUCUGUUUCGGGAGGUAGUCUAGCAGUGUGGGUUUCGCUCUACAGAGAGAAGACGCAAUUGGAACCGUUAACUCGUUCUAUUGUGACAUGAGAAAGGUGUCGCUAGCCAUGAUUUCAACGUGCAGGUGAAACCGGAGAGGAUGUUUUUUAUUUCAGUCCCACUGCACAACUUCUAAAACAAAAAACUAUAAUUCAACUUGUUUAUCGUGCGCGAGCGCUCAGAUAUUUCGCGCCACUCUCAAACGUCACACUUUCUCCACAACUAUAAACUGUUUGGAGUGAAACAAAUGUCCCGCAAAAAGGCGGGUAAGGGCAAAAACGCCAACAGCAGCGAAGACAGGCAGCCGACAGGCAGCCCCACCGGAAAACAGAAGGGGGAAACUGGGAAGAGCACCGUAGGGACGGGGAGCGUGGUGCAGGCGAACGGUAUGGUUCAUCCGAGCAGACCCUCACUCAGCAACAGCAGCGAGUUUUAUGACAUCGCAUUCAAGGUGAUGCUGGUGGGAGACUCCGGGGUGGGGAAGACCUGUCUGCUGGUGCGCUUCAAAGAUGGAGCCUUCCUGGCAGGAAGCUUCAUCUCUACUGUGGGCAUCGACUUCAGGAAUAAAGUGCUGAACAUUGACAGACUGAAGGUGAAGCUUCAGAUCUGGGACACAGCUGGACAGGAGCGUUUCCGCAGCGUCACGCACGCCUACUACCGUGACGCCAAUGCUCUCCUGCUACUCUAUGACGUGACCAACAGAACAUCUUUUGACAACAUAAAGGCCUGGCUGACUGAGAUCCAUGAUUACGCCCAGCAGGAUGUGGUCCUGAUGCUGCUGGGAAACAAGGCUGAUGCCACGCAGCAGAGGGUGGUAAAGAGAGAGGAUGGAGAGAGGCUGGCCAAGGAGUUUGGGGUUCCAUACAUGGAGACCAGUGCAAAGUCUGGCCUCAAUGUGGAGUUAGCCUUCACUGCUGUGGCCAAAGAGCUGAAGCACAGGUCUAUGAAGGAGCCCAACGAGCCCAAGUUUAAGCUUCAGGACUACGUCAACAAGGAGAUGAAGAGUGCUGGAUGUGCAUGUUAGAACAUGUUAACCUUGGGGUGGCAGGGUAGCCUAAAGGUUGCAAGUUCAAAUCCCCGAGCUGAUAAGGUACAAAUCUGUCAUUCUGCCCCUGAACAGGCAGUUAACCCACUGUUCCUAGGCCGUCAUUGAAAAUAAGAAUUUGCGUGCGUGCGUGUGCGUGCUAGCUCGUGUCUUGCUCCACGUCUGAUGUAUUACACUCAUACAAGGUGAUAUUAUAUGACUGCCUGUGGCCUCAGCCUGUGAGAUAGAGAGCCAGUCAUGUGUGAGAUAUACCUACAUCACUAACCACACAGUUUGCCAUUCCUUUGUCCUCUCUAUGCCCUCUGAAAAAAUCCAUUAUGUCCAUAUUCUAAUAUUAUCUGUGAGGCGUCUCUCUCCUCUCCUCAC